UUUUACUAUAACAAUGUGCGAAUGUGUUUAGUUUGUCCUCUGGAUGUGGUGUUGACGGAUCAUGGCGAAUUCACUAAAGGAACGAAACAUAUCGUGGAUAUAUCUGACUGUAUUUUAUUUCCUUCCGAGGAUGUUUUCUGGGCAAAUUGUGUUUUCUGUGUCGGAGGAGGCCAGUCCUGGGACUACCGUUGGCAAUAUAGUCAAAGAUUUAAACCUUAAUUUGCAAGAACUGGAACACCGUGGAUUUCAGAUCGCUUCUGGACCCAACAAGAGGUAUUUCGAUGUAAAUAUGAAAACAGGAAUACUGCAAAUUAAAGAGAAAAUAGACAGAGAAGAGCUAUGUGGACGCAGCUUAAAAUGCGCCUUAGAAUUGGAGGCCAUUGUUAAUUCGCCAUUGAACAUGUACCGAUUUGAAGUAAAUGUUUUGGAUAUAAACGACAAUUCUCCCACAUUUCACUCCUCGUCGUUACAAUUAAAUGUAUCUGAGGCGGCAUUUAUAGGGGAAAAAUAUUCUUUACCAAGUGCUGAUGAUGCGGAUGUGGGCAGUAAUUCAGUAAAGACCUACAAGCUGAGUCCGAAUGAACACUUUUCUCUGGAUGUACAGAGCGCAGGAGAGCAGAGUGUGUCUGCUGAGUUAGUGCUGCAGAAAGCUUUAGAUCGAGAGAAACAAGCAGUGAUCCAGCUCACACUGACCGCUGUAGACGGAGGAAAACCUCCAAAAUCAGGGACAAUACAUGUAAUUGUUAAUAUCAUAGAUGCGAACGACAAUAUUCCUGUGUUUACAAAGUCGCUUUACAAAGCUCGAAUUCUAGAAAAUGCUCCCAUUGGAAGUUCCGUUAUCACAGUACAUGCGAGUGAUGCGGACGAAGGAAUAAACGGAGAGGUAGUAUACUCUUUCAUAAAACAUGUUAAUGAUAAACACAUCGAAUCUUUCGCAAUUAAUCAAGUGACUGGUGAAAUUACAGUUAAAGGUAAAUUAGACCACGAGUCAAACAAUGCUAUUGAAAUACGUGUGCAAGCGAAAGAUAGAGGUUCGCUUCCAAGAGCAGCUCAUUGUAAAGUAUUGGUCGAAAUAAUGGACGUUAACGACAAUAUUCCUGAAAUAUCUGUAACGUCUCUUGUUAAUGUUGUUAAGGAAGGUUUACCAAAAGGGACAAUGGUCGGUCUGAUUACAGUAAAAGAUAAUGAUUCUGGUGAAAAUGGAUCUGUAAAAUUGAAAAUAAUUGAUUCCCUUCCGUUUGCAUUACAGAACACCUAUAAAAAUAAAUAUUCUCUAGUGGUAGAUGGUCCUCUAGACAGAGAGCGCGCGUCCGUGUAUAACGUGACCAUCACAGCUACUGAUGAAGGGACUCCGCCUCUCUCCAGCACCAGUGUCAUUGCUGUACACGUUUCUGAUGUGAAUGACAACGCGCCGCGCUUUCCAGAGCCCGUCAUUAAUGUUUCUGUGAAAGAGAACAGUCAGAUUGGAGCUGUUAUUCAUACAGUAUCUGCUUUAGAUCCUGAUGUAGGUGAUAAUGCCCGGAUAACAUAUUCUUUACUAGAAAGCUCUAAAAGCGGCCCAGUAACAUCCAUGAUCAACAUAAACUCUGACAGUGGAGAUAUACACAGUUUACAGUCGUUUAACUAUGAGGAGAUCAAAACAUUUCAGUUUAAGGUUCAGGCCACAGACUCUGGUGUUCCUCCUCUCAGCAGUAACGUGACUGUAAAUGUUUUUAUCCUGGAUGAGAAUGACAACAGUCCCGGGAUUCUCGCGCCCUAUUCCGAGCUCGGUUCCGUUAACACAGAGAACAUUCCCUAUUCUGCUGACGCGGGCUACUUUGUGGCCAAGAUCAGGGCUGUAGAUGCAGAUUCUGGUUACAAUGCGCUGCUGUCUUACCACGUCUCUGAACCCAAAGGAAACAAUCUGUUCCGAAUCGGAACCAGCAGCGGGGAGAUCAGGACUAAGAGGAGAAUGAGUGACAAUGACCUGAAAACUCACCCGUUGGUCAUUUUGGUUUGUGAUAACGGAGAGCCCUCACUGUCAGCGACUGUGUCUAUUGAUGUUGUGGUUGUUGAAAGCUCUGGUGACGUCAAGACCCCAUUCAGACAUGCGCCGAUAAAGGAGGAGAGUUUCUCGGAUUUAAAUCUGUAUUUGCUGAUCGCCAUUGUGUGUGUGUCCGUCAUCUUUUUACUGAGCCUCAUCAGUUUGAUAGCGGUAAAAUGCCACAGGACAGACGGCAGUUUGGGCAGGUACAGCGCCCCGAUGAUCACCACACACCCUGACGGGAGCUGGUCUUACUCCAAAGCUACUCAGCAGUAUGACGUGUGUUUUAGCUCGGACACACUGAAGAGUGACGUAGUGGUUUUCCCCGCGCAAUUUCCCCCUGCAGAUGCAGAACUGAUCAGUAUUAAUGGAGGAGACACGUUUACCAGAACACAAACACUUCCUAAUAAAGAAAAGGUAAGAUAA